CACUUUUUGUCGGUGAGGAGGAAUAACGAUCCGUGGUGAGCAGUGCGGCUCUUGCCGCCCUGAGGCGAGGCUAUGUGCAGCCAUCGCUUCGCUGAGGCAACGCAAGAAUUGUGGUGGGGAGUUCAUGACCAGCGUCUUGGAGGCUCCCGCUUCAGUCAUUGCUUCAGGGAGAAGCUUAGCUUUACAGCAUGAAGAGAAACAAACAGUUCAUUCCACUGCUGUUAGUGAUUUGUAGUUGUAUCUAAGAGAUGAAAAGAUGUGUGUGCUUUCACUGUGGUUGUCUUCACUGUGAAGCAGAUAUCACCUAGGAGAGACUGUGAUUAUGUGCUGAAGUCAGAAAUCUCUGGGAAGAUGGGAAUCUUUGUGUAUCUUCUAAUUUGGAUUUUUAUCUUAAAACUGAUACAGGGGCAUAGCUCCUUUACUUGUGAACCUAUAACUACUCCGAGAUGCUCUGGAAUGGCCUAUAAUAUGACAUUUUUCCCAAAUAUAAUGGGACAUUAUGAUCAGGACACUGCAGAUACCCACCUGACGCCAUUUCUUCCACUUUUGAAGACGGGGUGCUCUCCUGACGUCCACACAUUUUUAUGCAAAGCAUUUGUGCCUUCCUGUGUGGGAAAAAAUCACGUGUUUUACCCAUGCCGAAGUCUUUGUGAAAGAGUGUAUUUGGACUGUAAAUAUCUGAUUGACACUUUUGGAAUUACAUGGCCCAAGGAGCUUGAAUGUGACAGAUUGGAGGAUUGUGAUGAAACUGUUCCUGUCACUGCUUCUCCGACUGUGAGGACCCCUGACACUCACAAGACGCCAGGAAAGCCUAGAAGGGACUAUGGAUUUUGGUGUCCACGACAUCUGCAGACUUCAAGCGGACAAGGCUACAAAUUUUUGGGACUUGAUCAGUGUGCACCUCCAUGUCCAAAUAUGUACUUUAGUAAUCAUGAGCUAGAUGUUGCCAAAAGCUUCAUUGGGAUAGUUUCCAUUUUUUGUCUUUGUGCCACACUGUUCACAUUCCUGACAUUUUUGAUUGAUGUUAAACGUUUCAGGUAUCCAGAGAGGCCGAUAAUAUAUUACUCAGUUUGUUGUAGUAUAGUGUCUCUGGUAUACUUCCUUGGGUUUGUCCUAGGUAAUCGAACAGCCUGCAAUAAGGGAGAUGAAAAACGACAAAUUGGUGAAACAGUUGUUCUUGGUUCUCAGAACAAAGGCUGCACAAUAGUUUUUAUGGCUUUGUAUUUCUUCACCAUGGCAGGAACUGUUUGGUGGGUGAUCCUCACAGUUACUUGGUUCCUUGCUGCUGGACGAAAAUGGAGCUGUGAAGCUAUUGAACAGAAAGCAAUGUGGUUUCAUGCAGUUGCCUGGGGCAUGCCUGGAUUUCUCACUGUUAUGCUUCUUGCCAUGAACAAAGUGGAAGGUGACAAUAUUAGUGGUGUUUGUUUUGUUGGUCUCUAUGACUUGGAUGCUUCUCGAUUCUUUGUCCUCCUGCCUCUUUGCCUUUGUGUUGUUGUUGGUCUGUCUCUCCUCUUAGCUGGCAUAAUUUCCCUAAAUCACGUACGGCAAGUCAUACAGAAUGACGGCAGGAAUCAAGAAAAAUUAAAGAAAUUCAUGAUUAGAAUUGGUGUUUUCAGUGGCUUGUAUCUCGUACCACUGGUGAUGCUGUUAGGAUGUUACAUCUACGAGCAAGUGUACAGGAAGAUCUGGGAAACUACUUGGGUCUCCGAUCAUUGUGAUAAAUUCCAUAUACCCUGUCCUUAUCAGGUGAAGAUAUUAAAAAGACCAGAAAUAAUUUUGUUUCUCAUGAAAUAUCUGAUGACCUUAAUUGUUGGCAUAUCUCCAGUAUUCUGGGUGGGAAGUAAAAAGACCUGUUCUGAAUGGGCAAGCUUCUUCAACAGAAGUCGCAAGAGAGACCCAAUAAGUGAAAGCAGAAGAGUGCUGCAAGAGUCGUGUGAAUAUUUCUUAAAGCACAAUUCGAAAGUUAAGCAUAAGAAGAAGCACUACAAAUCCAGCUCUCAUAAACUGAAGGUGAUCUCAAAGUCUAUGGGGACCAGCACAAGUGUUACAACCAAUCACGGAACUUCUGCCAUGGCAAUUGCAAACCAUGAUUAUUUAAGCCAAGAGACUUUUACCGAAAUCAAGAGUUGUCCAGAAACAUCUGGGAGAGAAAUGGAAACAGAUGGGGUGCCCUGCCAGAAAUUGGAGGAAGGAUUUGCCUGCAGUGAACAGAGUGCAUUGCAAAUAUCAUCUGGCUCUAAAGUGGGUUUGGAACAGAUGGAAAAGAGAGGGAAAGCAGACAACACACAAGAUAUGGCCAGCUUAUAUGAAAGCGUGAAUAAGAUGCUUGAAGGAAGGACAACUCCUAAAAGUGACAUCAUUGAAAGUCUUCCACUCCAAGUCAGUCAUCCACCCCCUGAUGUUUCCCAGCCAGAGACUACCAGGGGUUCAGUCUUGCUGCUUCCCCAUUCAUCUUCUGAUUCCAGAAAAGCUCCAGAGUCUGGUAACAGUUCAAAUGGUUAAAAAAAAAGUGGAAAUGUUACAGGGAUACCUUCAGUUCCUGAAACUGAUUCUGUGUUACACUGGAAAUGACUAUUGCAUUGUGCCUUGUGAGUUAGCAUGAUGCUCUUGUUUGCACUUCAGGAAAAGCAAAAUGUGUAUUGUGAGGAUGCCUAGCAAUAGCUUCCUAUUUAAACUCUACAAGUGACUAGUAAGCUUAAGACAAAAUAUGAGCAAUAGGUAUUUUUUUACCACUUUACAGGUAUUACAUCAAACUCUUUUAACGUAAUGAGGGGAAGGGUUCAAAAUAUUGAAAAGUAUGGGCAAAAUUAAUUUGUUUCAGCUUCUCCUGCUAGCAGUAUUUUUAUUGUUUAAAUAAUCUUUCUCGCAAACUGCUCUGUUGCACAGGGAAAAACUUGGUUUUUAAAAGUGAGAGUUGUGUGCUGUGACAAAAUAAUGGGACUUUCCCUGUGCAGGCAACUCCUACAGCUGAGAUGUUAUCCUUUGCCUGUUUGCCUGUCUUCCAGUCAGCUAUCUCUAAAUUGAGGGGAUCCCUAAUCCUUUCCUGUUACUUAAUAAGAUUACUGAUUAUUUGCACAAUGCCUUCUGUUGGCACAAAGAGCCAUGGGAUGUUGCUGAGAAAGGCACCCUCUGUGUGCUCUUGGCAGAAUUGUGCAGCUGUCUAUACAUGCUAGGUAGCUUACAAUAGCUAUAUUGCAGCAAGUACACUGGGCAUCAUUGGUGCAGAUGUUUCUGUCAAGUUUUUGGUUUGGAUCUAGGCUGUGAUGCCAUUUCUGAAAGAAUUUUUUUAAGCAUUUGUGAAAUGCUCAUGUUUCUGGACCAUUAGUAAUGCUUUAAGGUAGCCUACACACUGAAAUGAAAAGGGAUGUUGGAAAAAGCUAUUUUUGUACAACUUUUAGCACAUUACUACUGUUUCUCUUGCACUACAGAAGGUGUAUUUCAUGCUAGUACAUACCUCAAUCCUUUCUUUUUUUGCUAGUGAUGUCAUGGGAUGGGGGAGGGAAGAGAGGUGAAUAAGCUUGUGUUCAGCAGUUAUAAGCAAUAACAUGGUAUGUACUUGGCUUCAGCACUGACAUUUUCAUUCUGGUACCUUCAAAUUGAUUCCUGAACACAUGCGUACAUGGGCAUUGCAUUCCAUCCUUCUUUGCAUGCCAUCCAUUUUCUGUCCAUGCAUAGAAUAUACUUUGAUAGACAGUAUACUGACCAUGGUACCUGAAAGCUAACUUUUGUGGGCUUCAGGUUUUACUCUAAACCUUAAGGACCUCAGUUUUCAUUUUUAUAAGCAGUGUUGUAUUGUUAUGGAUGGAGGACUGAGUCUUUCUAGAACAUGGGAGACAAGCGUGCGAUUUGUCAGAGGUCAUGCAAUCCUGAUUUUUCUAUUUUAUUCAUUUCAAAUCUCAUUAUUUCUAAGCCUGUUACUUGAUUUUAAAUAUUUGAGGCCUUUGAAUACAAUAUUUGUUUUGAAAUACUAAUAGAUUAAAUAAGGUUCUUCCACCAUGUACAAAAGCCAUGUAGGAUGGGGCCUGUAUUAGGAAGAAGAACCAGCUGAGACUGAGUUCUGGCAGGAACCAACCCACUGGCUCCAGUGGGUUGGUCCCACUGGCUGGAACCAACCCACUAGAUCCAGUGGUACCAUAUGGAUUCGUUCUGGCCUUGUAGGUAGUUACAUAAAUUAAGAAUUUGGACUAACUAUAAAGCAAGUCUUUUCCUCACUUUCAUCACCAAGAGGACACUGUCAAGUCUCAGACUCAUUUCUUUUUAAAUUCAAUUGUGUUGCAGUUAUCAGGGUAUGUUGCUUAUUUCAACACUGUCCAUAGUUUUGGCCAAUAGCUUUCUGCUAUGCAGUUUUGAAGCAUGGGGCCAACUGCCCUCCCAGUAAGGAAAAAUGGACAUGUGCUCAAUAUGGCUGAAGAAACUUCUCAGGGCACAUCCAGUGAAAUCAGAAUUUGUAAUGGCAAUAAAGCUGGAUCAUGUUAUCCAGCUGCGCUUCCUGAGGUUUUUCAGUUCAGUUGAAUGACAGCAACAGAAUUCAGGAGUCGCCAAUACCCUAUUAGUCAGGGGAUGUUUAUAUAAUUUGCCUCUGUGACUUUGAAUCAGGUGGGGAUCCACAUUUCCUACAGUGCUGAACAAGUUGCUUGCAUUUCAGUGAAACUAAAGAAGUAGAGAGAUGGGAUGUAGUACUACAAGUACUUCUUCCUCUGUACAGCUUUCUUUGCAAAGAUAGAGGGAGUCAUGUACAUUUUUUCUCCCAUCUUCCUUUACAAUUUAUUCCUUUCAGGGUUGGUGCAGGUCAGUUGUGCCCUCUUAUUAGGGGGGAGGCACAGAUAAUACUACUUUAUUCCAGAAAGAUACUUUCCACAAUUUGCACAGGGUGAUUUACCCUCAUAUCAACAGCAGUAUAGGUAUGAACCCUAUGUAUUAUUUUAUAAAUCUAUUUUGAUGAAUUAUGAGCCAAAAUGUAGUGAUUAAUGCGGCAAAAUGAUCAUGUAACAUGACUUUUAGAAUAAUUAUAUUAUACUCACUUUAGAAAAAAACUAUUAUGAAAACCCAGUCAAAAUUAAUGCUUUGUACUCCUCUUUCCUGAUACAUACUACAUAACCUAUUUCUCUGUGUGUGUGUUUUUAGCAUUAAAACCAGUGCUUGCUCUCUUGGGAGAGCAGCCCUUCAGUAGUCCCACGCUUUCAUGUGGACAGUUCUGUUGGGUAGAUAUUACUGAGAUUUAGGAAUGCUUGUACACAACCAUCAGUUUGGCUCAUCUUCUGAUUGCCAGGAGCAACUAAGGAAUCAGUUGUUCUAAGGGCUAUUCACUGUUUGUACCACUUCAGCACAAAUAGGAAACUUCUCAUUGUGUUCUAACCGUGCCAGCACUCAGGGAGAAGCUUUGAGAGGGAGAAGAGAAGCAGACAUUCAAUCCUCCCCAGUUGAUAUGAGCAGAUGAUUAGCAAGGAGAUAAGAUGCCAGUUGCUUUUCUCUGCCUUCACUCCGAAGUUGUGUAGGGGAGGGGGAGCCAUUGGCAUCUUCUCUCCUUGCUUGCAGGUUUUUCUCUGCCUCUGCUAAAACUGGGGGUGGAUCAGAAGCCACCUCCCUACUGAUCCCCCAUCCACUGGGAGUCAACUUUGUUUCUUCCCUGAAACUUUCCUAUGUUCCAGUGUGGCAAGGCUAGGAUAUAAGGAAGUGGCGGAAGAUCAGAAGCAGCCUCCCAUCUGAUUCCUUUGAGCAGCUGAAGAGUCGGCUUCUGAUUAACAGACCAGUGGCAAACCGGUUCAGCAGCUGCUGGAACUGUUCAGUGCAAGGUGAACAUAACCUUGAUCUGCUCAUUAUCUGAUCUUGAGUGCUGAACAGGAUAUGUUUAACUGCUGAGCAGGUUUGCUUCAAAAUUUGCAGCAUCCUUAAAUGAUAUAAGAGUAAUCUGAUUAGUUCCUUAUUCUGUGAGACUGAUGCAUUUAUGACUGUUCUGCAACUUGGUAUAUUUAUUACAGUAACAGAAUUUAAACUAGCAUGCCCAAUUUGACAGUAUGCCGCACCUGUUUCCCUCUUUGUUCUUCAUUAUUGGGCUAUGUUUUGAACACUGAAUUAAAACUACUUCAAAGAAAAAUUAAAUAACUACCAAGUAACUGAGGAAGGUGGUUUCGACAGACCAAAAUUUCAUCCAUGGUAUGUUGAAUUUUGAAUUAUGUAUUAUGUUGUAUUAUGUUUCUGCAUUUUAUAACUUAAUGCCUUAAAGAUUAUUGGUGUUGGUUGUUGUGGGUUUUCCGGGCUGUAUUGCUGUGGUCUUGGCAUUGUAGUUCCUGACGUUUCGCCAGCAGCUGUGGCUGGCAUCU